AUUGGCAUGUGGAAUACCUAUCAUAGCACAAGCUUCAGUAUUUAUUUACAGCCUGAGAGUUUGUUUACCCUGGAUAUAGUAUGGUAGUUUGUGUCACGGCCACCAGGAAGCGCGACACCAGGUUUUCUGUUGCGUGGAAAACAGAAACCUCUGCAGUUUCCUUUCACACAGCAAUCAUCGUCGUGCCACAGUACACGUCGCUUAACUCGCCGCCCAGUUCCAUCAACAGCCCCGAACUGCGGGUUCCCAUCCAUGACAUAGGAAGUACCAGCCGACGGCAGCAACCAUAAGAGCAACGAUUUUCACUUCACAAUGGAGGAUAGCGUUACCAAGCCGACAAACCAGCAGUCAGAAUUAACAGAAAAGGAAUCUGCUGGUGAAAGGCAGCGUUCGGAGGCUGGAAAGAUUUUGGAGAGCAGUCUGGCGACGGUAGGUGCCGAGGUGGAACCUGCUGAGCAGAAAGUCUCCCUACCUUCUGCAAGCAACCCAUGCAAACAGCAAGGAACUGCAGCGGUCGGGGAUACGGGGCCUGCGAGCUCCAGCGGCGGGGGCAGCAGCCAGAAGGGCAGCGGGAGCAGCAGCGGCAGUGGCUUCGACGCGGAUGUCGAUGAGACGGACUACACAGUGUCUGUAGCAUCGUCUGCGGAUCUAAUUGAAGCUCAUGACAGUGCGUUGGAAGCACUUGAGCUCGGUAAUCAAAAGGAAAGGAACACUUUCAUUUGGAUCGACAAAUGUCUGGAUAGAGUAGGAUCCGCGAGUAGCGAGCUCCGCACGUUCGCCGUAGCUGUGUUAAACAGUGCUUGCAUUGGUAACGACAAUGUGCAGUCGAUCAUUAACGAUGAUGAAAGUCCUCAGAGUGUUGCCGACUAUAAACAGAGAUUGCAGGCUAUUCAAGAGUACUUGCUUGCCGCCUACCAAGAUUUUGCUGUGCAGGAGAAUGCGAAGAUGGUAGACUUGGAAGCUAAGAGUGAAGAGACUGGAAGCUCGUCAGAAGAUAUGAAAGUAAGCAGCAGCAAAGAUUUUAUGGAGAGUGCGGUAGGGAAUCAAGGUGAUACGGAUGCAUGUGGAGAGACGAAAUUGAUGAGCAGUGAAGGUGACGGAAAGACUGAUAGGUCAGAUGAUGAUUUAGAGACGGAAAGAAGUGGUGACCGCGCGAUGAUGACAGUAAAAACUGAUGGAGGGAUUGCAGAAAAGAAUGCUGCCGACGACGUAUUAAACUCGGUGGCCCUAGAACCAGAUUUGGUUAACAGAAGUGGAGGUGAGAGGGGGAGUGUGACAGCAUGUGGUGGUAAGAAGCGUGAUCAUCAAACUAGCUCCGGUAUCGAAAAAGCCAUUGAGGGCGGUGCUGUCGAAGACGGUCAUCGCCAACCAGCGAUUAAUAGCAGCAAUAGCAAGCCGGAAGAAGCGAGAUUGGCGGUAGCUGGUGAACAGGAAGCGGGUGAGGCGGCGUGUAAGAGAGCUCAGAUAAUACGAAAGCUGGUCACGAGGCAGCGGGAAGCACUGUCUAGGAUGAGUGCUACGGUCGGCACGUGCGCAUUUAGAUUAAACUCGGCGUGCCAUUUCCUACUUACCUGUGUGAAAUGUGCUGCGUGUGUGUGCAGUUCAUGUCUGCAUGCACACGGCCUGGCCGAGCUUGCACUGCAGAUAGCAGAAUCCUCAGGCAUUGCAGACCUCGAAACUGUGAGAGAGGCUGCCACCACUGCGUCACAGAACACAGACCUGGCCUUAGCAAGCUGCGAGAAAGCUGUCCAGCUCCACAAGGAUGCCUUCAGUAUCCUGGAAGAGGUAAUGACGCCGCUGGUUAACAUCCGGGCUGACGACGAGCUGGGAGAACACACUCUUCGCGAAGUCAGCGAGGAAGCUGAGGACGUAAAACAGAUCUUAGACCAAAGAGCCAACGGUCAUCUGGCCGUGCUAGCAAAUAAACUCACUCUAAUGGAGUCUAUGAUGGACACAUUGUCUCACGCUGUCAAAAGGGCGAAGGAUGUUAGUAAGGUCACGAAGCAGCUGGUCAAGAAGUUCGAUGACGCCGCCUUCCAGUUCCCUGUUGUGGCGGCCGCGUUCGGGACAACCCAGUUCGCUCUCCGAACGAUGACAGCAACGACAAAUGCUCUUAGACCGCUGUCACAACUGGGGUCAGAUGUUAAGAGUGAGCAGCCUUCAGACCAAGAAAACCCUCCGGAAAAUGGCCUAUCUGCAGGUCAUGGAAACAUCCAACAAGAGAGAACACCUGUAGAUCAGGCAAACGAUCUACAGAAUGCGGAGUGUGAAGAUCAAUCGAACUCGGCAGCAGAAGUCAGGAUUGGGACAGACAAAGAUGCUGAUGCAAGUGAUUAGCUGUGUGGGUGCUGAAAAUGUCCAUAAACAUCACUAUUGCAUGUAAAGUUUUAAUACAGAAAUAAGAGGAGCCAGUUUAAACUGGUUUCCCCAAUACUAAAUGACCACGAAAUUUUAGUCUCGAAAUAUUUUAUCGGUUUUAGUGGAGGAUUGUAUUUUAAAUAUAAUUCGAAGAUCGCUAGCUAGUGAUUUUCAAAUUUUAUAACGUAAAACGAUUACUCUAACAAAUAUUCAGUGCGCCCUCAUAGGUGGCGAACCUUAAAUUUUAUUUUUAUAGUAAUCAACUUAAUUGGGAGUUUCAGGAAAAUUGUGUAACACUUCAUUUAAAAAAUGUUGGUAGUCGUUAAAAAUGGAGAAAAGAUUGCAAAUUUGCUUUCCCGAUUCCAAUAACGACUGCAAAAAUCUGCUGCAAAGUUCUGCAGACGAACGCAGUGUCAACGUGAAAGAAAACAGUGGUAUGUCUUGAUUGUUUCGAAAACACACGCAUGUAAACUGUAUAUUUAUUUGUCCUUCAUUUCAGUCUAGCUGUUGAAUAUCAUAAGUGCAUUAAAUAACACCAAUUCAUAAUUCUUGCUGAUUCUUUCUGUGAACUCGUCUUGAGUACAGUGAAAUUAAAUGUUUUUUUCAAGGCGGUGACUUAAACAUCUGUUAAAAUCACGUUUAACUGUAAUGUUGUAGAAUAAGCCGACCAUAUUGAAAGCAACUGUGUAACAAUGUGUACUCGUAGAAUUUGUGAACUACUUUCUAAAACAUAAUAAAUGCAGUGUUAACAA